AUGCCAAGUCUUGAGGUAUGCCAGUCAAGCGAGGGAGUACCACUCAGCUUCGGUCGUAGCGCUGGACUACGAGCUAGGAAAGCUAUCACUGAACUUUCACGACAUGCCCCUGCAAUGCAUAUUUGGUUAUUGAUAUUCCUUGCGAUGACUACAUGCGGUCGGAUUCACCUUCUUGAUCGACGUUUGAAAAAAGCCGAAGGUGACCUCCAGUACAUGCGAGUACACCUGAACUCCCAAACUUCAAGUGGCGACACAGCUUCCAUGGUGGAACUUCAAACCCCUAACCCCGACGUGCAAGGAGCGGUGCCAGUAGCAACAGAUGGCCAAAGAGACUUUGCUUUUCUAAAAACUGGAGGAUAUGUGAUUCAAUCCUUGACUUCACCCUCCUUUGUUCCCUCUACAACUUGGAGACAGUGUCUCUCUUGGUGGAGAGCAUUACGUGGAUCCAACUUACAGGCGAGUUUACCAGAAAUUGCACUGAAAGGUGAUGGUUCAGCCGGAAACUGUUGGCCUUUGGAAGGACCAGUUGGACAGCUAGGGAUAGGCCUCAGUCGAACCAUUGACAUCACCUCCUUGUCAAUUGAACACAUUGGAGCGCAAUUAGCGCAAAAUGACAUCACCGCGGCACCUAGAGAAUUCGAACUUUGGGGCCUCGAUGACAAUCACAAUCAAUCAGCGAACGGGACUCUUUUGUUCAAAGGAGUAUACAGCAUCUCUAGCCCCAGCUCACCCUUACAGAAUUUCGAAAUACCAAGAACACAUCCUUUGGUGUACAGUAAAGUACUUUUCAAAAUCACCUCAAACUAUGGACACUCUGGAUAUACGUGCAUUUAUCGGGUGAGGAUACACGGGAAGCCAAUUGCUGGAAAGGAUAUAUAA